AUGACUCGGAGAUUUAUCUGUGUAGGUAUCCAAAAGCUUGGGGCUGAUUGUCAUGGAAAUGACACGGCGCGAAGCGAGGGCGACACGGAGAGGACGAAGGCGCACGCCCCGCGUCGUGACAUGCGCACGCCGAGUAGAGAUCGUAUCAAAACAAACGCGCAGUUCGAGUGGGCACUUCGCUCAAUGCACGCAGAUGCCACUGAUACUGAAUAUAAAGAAUAUCUUUGGAGCGGGCUUCCAUCUCGGGUCAAGUGUCUGCGGCCAGCUAUUGUCUCCGGUCACGUCCGGCAUUGUGGCGGAGACAAUGCGAGGAAGCAGCGCGGAUGCUGUGUUAUUACAACUGGACCGUGCGUGACCGUUCGAUAUGAGCUGCUAAUAAUAUGCGGCCGGCGAUCGCUUCGCACCGGCAGUACCGCAUAA